AUGAGACCUGAAGGUCUUCGCUCGAGAGCUAUUGAGCAGCGGCAGGCUCAAUGCUUCCUACAAGCUGAGAAGGCUAUUGAGGAUGUGGACCAGAAGGACACAGGUAAGAGGGUGGGGAGGAAAUCCAAGGAGACAUUGCAGAGUUUGGAUCGAACUCUGAGCUCCACAAUUGUGGAGAGGCGGAAGCUAAGGAAAGGUGGCGACGACAACAGCGUCGACAAAGAGGCACAAGACUUAUUGCAACUUAUACUAGACCUCAACAACCAUGGAGAUCAGGCUGCUGAUUCGUCAAUUACAGACAACCAACUCAAAGGCCUUCUCAAUCUCAUGGUAAAUGUAGCAGGAUUCUAUCAUCGGUGGAACAGACACAACAUCGACCGCAAUAGAGUGGACAAUGACAGAGCAGAGCUGAUGCAAUAUUCGAACGCAAUGCGAAAAAUAUGCAGAGUUAGAAGAAGUAGUAGGAAGAAGCAAUGUCGUGGAGGAGUUCCAUCUCCCCAGAUUACAAUACCUAAAUGCGGUUAUCAAGGAGGCAUUCUGGCUGCAUCCAGCGAUGCCUAUGUUGGUGUCACGUCCUACCAAGGACUGCAGAAUAGCUCUGGGACGUACAGUCCAUUGGAGUUCAGGCCAGAGAUGCUCAAUUACAUUCUAGCAUCACUGCUCCACUCAUUCGAAUGGAAGCUAGCUCAUGGGUCGACAGAGGUGGAUUUGACUGAUAAAUUCAGAAUCGUCAUCAAGUUAUCCAGAGCUAAACUAUUGCUAGAACCCAAAUGA